AUGGAUCCAUUUAGUCAACCUUGUAGCUUUCAAAACCUCUUAAACAGUCAACAACCAAACACCUCCUUCUCCUUUGUCAGUCGUCAACCUAGCAUAGAACUCUAUGCGUCUGAUGCCUCUGUAUUUGCUACGCAAUGGCAUGAAGAUGCAAACGAAGAUGCACACAUUGUGUCUGACUGCAAAGAAAGACGGAAGUGGUCACCAGUAGAAGACGUUGUGCUCAUCAGUGCUUGGUUGAACACCCCCAAAGAUCCAGUGACAGGGAAUGAGCAAAAAGCAAUUGCGUUUGGAAACGGAUUGCUGCAUAUUUUGCAUCAAGUCCAAAACUUUCGGUUUACACUCGAGCAUGCAUGGUUGGAGCUUCGCCAUGAUCAGAAAUGGUGUGGAGCUUCUGGUACUAAAGAUAAGGUUAGCUCAAAAAGAAGAAAACUAGAUGACCAAUCGGCACAGUCAUCAAGCUUUGUGCCAGGUUGCCAAGGAGAGGAUGAAGCAAUGACUCGUCAUGUUGGUGUUAAAGCAGCAAAGGCAAGAGGUAAAAGCAAGGUCAAGGCUUCAGAAAAGGAAGUGAAGCCGCUUGUGGAGUUUCAGAGCAUAUGGGAGAUAAGGCAAAAGGACUUUGUGCUGAAGGAGAAGCUUAACAAGCAAAAAUUGCUUGACAGCCUAAUUGCCAAGACAGAGCCACUUAGUGAACUAGAAAUUGCUUUGAAAAAUAAGCUAAUUAAUGACAUGUUGCUUUACUGUGAGAAGGAAAAGCUUUCAGAUGAUCAGUUUCUCGUAACCUAUCAACAAGUGAUGAUCGUGGAGCGAAGACAUGUGACAUAG